AUGGAUCAUUCACCAAGUAACCUGUCUAAACAGACUGAAUGGAUUUCUGUGGCCCUCUACUACACCCUGGAGGAGAUCCAGAAGCACAAUCACAGCAAGAGCACCUGGCUGAUCCUGCACCACAAGGUGUAUGAUGUGACCAAAUUUUUGGAGGAGCAUCCUGGUGGGGAAGAAGUCUUACGGGAACAAGCCGGAGGGGAUGCUACUGAGAACUUUGAGGAUGUUGGGCACUCGAUGGAUGCUAGAGAAUUGUCCAAAACAUACAUCAUUGGGGAGCUGCAUCCAGAUGACAGACCAAAGAUAACCAAGCCCACGGAAACUCUCAUUACUACGGUUGACUCAGAUUCUAGCUGGUGGACCAACUGGGUGAUCCCAGCCAUCUCCGCACUGGCUGUGGCCCUGAUUUAUCACCUCUACGUGGCGGAAGACUAAAUACCUCCACAGAAGCCGAUGGAAGAAAAGGCUGCCUUGGAUCAGGAAGAAAGAAGCCAGCGUUAGCUGCUUCGACGAACAGAAACCUUCACCUGAAAAGUAAUUUUAAUACACCUGUUUCCCUCUCCUCCUACGUUAGAAACAAGCCAAGCCAAAAGAACUGUUCUGUUCUGUCUACCCUUGAACUUUCUCAUUGUGCCUUCUUCUUCAUCAACUUCCUUUCAACGUCCCACGACUACAUGAUUUACUCACUGUAGGCAUGAUCUUUCAAAAAUGCACCUGGCUUUUCAAAUAUACCACCCUGUGUGCCUGUC